AUGGCUGCAAAAGAGAGAGCACCAAGUUGCUGCAAAAAUACUGGUUUGCUGUGCGUGUCUGUUUGCGAACUCUGCAAUGGCGUCUCCUGCACUAAUGCGUCGGUUACUACACACAUCGAUGAAGAAAAUGCAGAAAUAAAGAUAAGAACAGCGUCAACAGAAAAUGCUGAUGACAGAAAUAUGAAGUUAAAGGCUGAUCCAUCAAAAGGUGUUCCUUCUAUGGAUAUGCAAUUUUGUAAAGAAAACUCCUUUUAUUUCUUCUGUGAUUUCUGAUGCAAUGCGUAUCAGCAAAGUCUAAAAGCGGAAACGGAACAUGGCCCGAAGCCAUUCACAGCGGCGACGCCUUCAAGAAAUAAGAUGAUAGAUGAGCGGUUCCAGUAAUGAAAGGAAAAAUCGACACCAAAUACUCCGACGUGCAACUUCCAACCUAGACAAAUUUCUCCCCGGACACCGUGUAUUUAUGUUGUCAUCUUAAAGGAUACAUUGCACCAAAUAGUUUUCACGUUGCUUAAGCACCAAAUAAUAUAGAUAUUUAUCGCCCAACACAACCUUUGAUUUACAUUUGAGAAGGAAGCUGAAAUUAAAAUAAGGUUUAAGAUAACGAGUUGUUCGAGCGGGCCCAAAUACUUUACAA